UGCUCGUUGAACAGAGGAGAGUAACUCCAGAUAUUCCACCGUACGGAGGCGAGUCACACCUUCUGCUCGUACGAGCGUGCGAACUGCCUCACGCACGAUUGGCACCCUCAGGGUUCGGUUUGUCAGAGGUUUCAAAUUGAUAAGGAUGUCGACUAAUCGGGAAGGCGAGACUGCGGUGACCAUCCCACUGCAGUACAAUGAAGCUCAUUGGAAAGCUAUUUUUGAAAAGUACGAUCUUGAUGGAGAUGGAAAAAUAUCUCUACAAGAAUUAAAAGCAAUGAUACGCGGUCCAGAUUUUUCUAAAGAUAUCCCUGCUGGAGUAGUCCGCACGAUAAUGCAUAAAGCAGAUCUGGAUGAAUCUGGUUAUUUAGAAUAUCCAGAAUUUAUAGCAAUGAUCCACAGGAAGGACAUGCAGGGUAUAUUCGGACACAUCGUGCAACGAUAUGUGCACUGUGUGAUACCUCAACGACCAUGCCGUGCACUAAGGCAAAGUUCCGUGGGCUCGAGGUAUUAUACCCAACAAUUCAGUAUUAUAAUGCAAGCACCACCUUCUCCUCCUCCUUCGAGCUUUGGUGAUUCUCCCCAGGCUGCUAUGAUUAGUAAAAGAGGCCGUUCUGCACGUUUUAAUGGUUUACAGCAACAAACAAGUACAAUAACGGAAUCUUCUCUGUACUCUAGCGAUUAUCCAGAUGGACUGUACGAAGAAGAGUACAGUUGUCGACCGCCAGCUAUAGCAAUGAUAAUAAUAUCGAUAAUAGAAAUCAUUUUGUUCAUGUUUGAUGUGAUUAAGCACAAAUCUCUUUCUGUAGAAGGACCAGCGGCUACUUUAUUUAUUUAUAAUCCGCACAAGAGGUACCAAGCCUGGCGGUAUCUAACAUAUAUGUUUGUACACGUCGGAGUCUUUCAUUUGGUCGUUAAUCUCCUAGUACAAAUUAUGUUGGGCAUUCCAUUGGAAAUGGUUCAUAAAUGGUGGAGAGUAUUGAUAAUAUAUAUAGCCGGAGUACUGGCUGGUUCCCUCGGCACGUCCGUUUCCGAUCCAACAGUUUACCUAGCUGGUGCAUCGGGUGGUGUGUAUGCACUAAUUACUGCCCAUGUAGCAACUAUUAUAAUGAAUUGGUCGCAGAUGGAAUUUGCCGUGCUACAGUUAUUAGUGUUCCUUGUUAUCACGAGUGUUGAUGUUGGUCAAGCCGUGUACAAUCGUUAUGUUCUUGAUACCAAUGAUCAAAUUGGCUAUGUGGCCCAUUUGGCUGGUGCUAUAGCAGGUCUUCUAGUAGGUAUAAACAUUCUUCGAAACCUUGAGGUACAAACUUGGGAAAAAGUUAUUUGGUGGACCAGCAUAGUUACUUACACGGUUCUCAUGACCGCAGCUAUUUUAUGGAAUAUAUUGUAUCCCUCGUACUACGACUGAAGAUAUUUAUAUCGGUAUUUAUCUUGUCGAGUUAUUUAACGACACACACGCAUGUACACGCACGCAAAUAUUUUGAUAGAGAGAGAGAGAGAGAAAGAGA